AUGUUCCUCAGGAGAGCCUCUAAGCUGUUUGUUGUGCUCAGCGGCCUCUCCCUCGAGCAGGUCUCAGCAGCAGCAGCAGCAGCAGCAGCAAGUGAAGUCAAUACUACCGACGCUGCAGCAGUAAGUUCAGGGAAUACUGCGGCAGCAGAAUCUUCAGAGGCUGCAACAAAUGACUAUAAACACCCUGUACACCCCAAUGAAGGCAACGCGCCUGUGCCGCCCCCUCUAAAGAACGCCAUCUCAACAGCUGGUGCUGAGUUUCCUCUAGGCCAGGUGCUAGGUUCUGCUGCUGCUGCAGCUGCUAUUGCUGCUGCUGCUGCUGCUGCCGCUGCUGCUGCUACCCCACCCGAAGCAGUAGAUGGCCCACCCGAUCCGGCGCUUGCUGAGGAACCCACGUCUGCUGCAGCAGCAGCAGCAAAUGCUGCACCUCCGAUAGACGCAUCAACAGAAGACAACAGCACAUUUAAUACGAGUCUCUACUUGCCUGCACAAAGGCAGGAGGAGCUGCAGCGGCGGAGGCGGCAGUGGAUGCCGCAGCGUGAGCAGCAAGACGUGCUGCUGCAGCAGCUGCUGCAGUAUUCUGUUGCACAGGUAUGGGAUGUCUUCAGGUCAGCCCGCGCUAAUGCUCUUAGAGAACCCGCUUCAUCAUAUUUCCUAGCCAGAGAGCAGCAGCAGCAGCAGCAACAGCAAGAGGAGGAGCAGCAAGAGGAGCAACAGCAGCAGCAGCAGCAAGAACAGGAGCAACAGGAGAAGCAGCAACAGCAAGAGCAGCAGCAAGAGUUGGAUUUGAAGGAGCACCAGCAAGAAUUGGAGGAGGAGGAGGAAGAGGAGGAGGAGGAAGAGGGGGAGCAGCAGCAGCAGCAGCAGCAGCAGCAGAAAAAAGCCGAGUAG